AUGUGGACAACUGUCCACUCUAUACACUUGAAAUGUGUCGUAACUUUUAGGCCACCAUUUGUCAUAAAAUUUGAGGACAACGGGUACGAGGGCUUCGCCUUAGACCUGAUCCACGCGUUGUCACGAGUCGUGCCGUUCAACUACACGGUAUAUCUCACUCCCAAUGAACGAUAUGAUAGAAUAGAUGAUGACAAUGAUCACCCGGCAAUUGUACGCGAAUUGAGUAGCAAGAGGGCCGACAUUGCGAUUCUCGUCAAACACCAAUGGGACGGCCAGUUCAUUGAUUUCAGCGAACCCUAUAUGACGGCACACUUGUCGGCUCUCAUCCAUAAGAGGUAUAUCGCAAAUAUGACUUCCUUUGCAGAUAUUUUAGACAACGUACGGUACUCUCCGGGGUGGGGCCAGCUUUCGGUCGAGAAGGUUCUCAAUACUAACUAUGCGCUCAUUGAGGACUCGGUGUUUAAUGAGUACGCAAUGGACCGCAACUGUGAGCUCACAGUCAUUGACCACAAACAGGAGUACAAUCCCAUAGAGUAUGUGAUUGGACUGCAAAGGGAUUGCCGUUUGACUCGAUCGCCGUAUAAGGCGGACAUCGAUAGAGCCACGGGGAGUAGUAACCAAUUCGAGGGCUACGCCAUAGACCUGCUGAACGAGUUAUCACGAGUCGUGCCAUUUAACUACACUCUGUAUCCCGAUCCCGAUGGCAAUAGUGGUAGAUCAUCCGGAAUGAUACAGGAAUUAUUUAUGCGGAGGGCGGACUUCGCGAUCGCAGACCUCAUGAAAACCCGAACCCGCGAGCGAUAUAUCGAUUUCAGUGAACCCUUUAUGAGGGGCCACUUGACGGCACUCAUCCAUAGGAGAAAUGUGCGAAAUAUGACCACAUUUUCCGAUCUGGUCAACAACACCGACGUUACCUGUGGUUUAGAGGAGUCGCUUGGGUUCAUACGUACGGCUAUAGACCCCAUCAUCUGGUCUAUGGUACAACACAAUGGCAGUGCUCUCGUCAACUCGGAACAAGAGGGGGUCGAUAGGGCUCUCAGUAGUAGCUAUGCGUUCAUUCAGGCCUCGGCGGCCAAUGAGUACCAAAUGGGAUCUAACUGUCAUCUCACAGUCAUUCACCACAAACAGGAGUACUAUCCCAUAGAGUAUGCGAUUGGACUGCAAAAGGGAUCACCGUAUAAGAUGGACAUCGAUAGAGCCAUAAGACAAUUGAGAAAUGAUGGGACAGUCGACAGACUGAAGAGAAAGUACUGGCGAACAAAGUGUCUGAAAGACUCGGAUGUGGUGUCAGUUGCCGUCAAAUUA